UUUGUUUAUUAAUUGUUUAUAUUCUUUAUUUUUUUUUAAAUUGAUUCUAUCAGUAUUAAAAUUAAUAGGAAAAAAACAUGUCAGAAGAUACUGAAAUGGAUUCUAUUGUUGAUAAUAUCAAUAAUGUGAAUGAUGAAAAGCAAAUUGAAGAAAUUUCGAUUGAUAAUUUGACAAACAUCGAUGAUCAACAAUCUGAUAAUAAUCAUAAUGAUUCAUCAACAACAACGAUGAAUGAACCAUUGAAUAAUGAUCAAGAUAUUGAUCAAUGUUCAAUGGAUUCAUAUGAUUCGGAUGAUGAUGAUUGUACAUUUAUUGAUAAUAUGUUAGAAGAAAAUGUUGAUAUUGAAGCAAUAAAACGUUGUGAACAGGUUAAACGUAAAUUGGAUGAUUUAGAUGUUGAAGAUCAAGUCAAUCAAACUAAACAAUCAUUAGAAUCAACAACAACAGUCACUAAUAAUAAUAAUACUGCUGCUGCACGUGUUCCAACAAAAACUGGUAAAAAACGUGCAGCUAAAUCACGAAUCGAAACUAAACAGAAAAAUAUUCUAGUCAAACGUGGUCAUGAUCUAUUUGAAAUUCUACCCGAAGGUUGGGUAGAGAUAACACAUUUUAGCGGUAUGCCAAUCUAUCUGGAUAAACGAAGUCGUGUUUGUACAUUAUCUAAACCAUAUUAUCUUGGUUCAGGUAGUGCACGUAAACAUCAUAUACCAUUAUCAGCUAUACCAUGUUUACAAUAUAGAAAUGAAUUGGAAAAAGAACGUAAAGCACGUGAAGAAAUGGAAUUGAAAUGUUUAAAUAACAAUAAUGAUAAUGAGGGUGAUGGUGAACAACAAACCCAACAAACACAACAACCGAUUGCCAAAGUUGAAACACUUGAAGAAAAUAAAAAAGAACGUUCACUUGAUUCGAUCAAAAUACGAGAAUAUUGUCGACGAUUAUUUGAAUUCAAAACGAUUACAGUGAAAAAAUUUACGUUAGUUUUCUUUUUCGUUUUGUUCUUUGGUUUGAAUUUGAAUUCAAUUUUUUUUUUUGUUUUUUUUUUGUUUCUUAGAAAUUGGGCUGAUCGCCGGAAACAUGAACAAUUGAAAAAAAUAGCUCAACGACCAUCAUUGCCUGAAUCGACAAAAUUAAUUACCUGUACGAUACCGAAAAUAAUACCGAAUAAUAAUAAUAGUACGGCUGGUACCGCAGCUCAGACACUUGUCAGUAAACCAUUUAAAAAAGAAUUCAUUAUGAAUCCAAUGGGAAAAUCAGAUAUUUGUAUUCUACAUGAAUAUGUACAACAUACUGAACGUACACAACCAAAAUAUAUAUUCGAAGAACUUGAAAAUGUUAGUAAACCAUAUUGUGCAACAGUUUUUAUUAAUGAUAUGGAAUAUGGUAAAGGUUAUGGUAGUAGUAAAAAAGAAGCAAAAACUGAAGCAGCACGAAUCAGUCUUGAUAUAUUAAUACCGGAUUUAAAAAAUACAUUAAAUCAAGAACAAAAUAAAUCAGAAUCAUCAUUAAAUGAUUUAAAAUUUUUUGAUACAAUUUCUAUUGAAGAUCAACGUGUUAGUGAAUUAUGUUUAAAAGCUGGACAAUAUUCACCAUAUCAGAUAUUGGUUGAAUGUAUUAAAAGAUUAUAUGGAUUUGAAGAUUUGGACAUAAAAACCGAUACUAAAAUUGUAAAACAUCAUAAAAUUGAAUUUAAAAUGACAGCCGGUACACAUGAAGCUAUUGUAAUUUGUAAAAAUAAACGUGAAGGUAAACAACGUGCUGCACAGAAAAUUUUAAAAAGUAUACAUCCACAAUUAAAUUGUUGGGGUGCAUUACUUAAAUUAUAUGGACAAGGUUCAUGUAAAACAUCCAAAGAGAAAAAGGAAGAAGCACAAAAAAUAACUGAAUUACAAAAUAAUGCCUGUUCAAAUAAACCAAAUUAUGCAAUUUUAAAUAAAUUAAAAGAAGAAAUGCUUAAACUUCAUGAUGAAAAUGGUAAACAACAACAACAACAACAACAAUUAUCAUUACCUGCUAUAUUAAAUGCAACAGUUGUUGGUCAAUGUGGUAAAAAUGUUAAAAAUCGUAAAGAAAAAUUUCAAAGAUCAUCACAGAAUUUAUAAAGUAGAGUGCCUCCUGAAAUGAUUUAAAUCAAGACUUUCCAUUAAGAUAAAAUCAAUUGAGAGAAAACUUUUUGCAU